GCUCGUCAAGUGAAUGGUUCACGCCUAUCCCGCUCUCUCCUCUCUCGGCCGUGUUGUGCCCUCCUCUCCCCUCCCCGUGAACAAGUUAUGAUGGCGGAACUGUAGAUCUCGGGACGAGCAGGAGUGCACCGCCCGCCCUCGGUUAGCAAGUGUAUAUACUUAUUUAUUUAUCCACCCAACUUCACGUCUUCCCCCUCAGCUAUGACCCGCUGGAUUCCUACUAAAAAAGAGAAGUACGGAGUGGUGAUCUACAAUUAUGAUGCCAGUGGUGAACAGGAGCUGUGUCUACAAGUGGGGGACACGGUGCACAUACUUGAGAAAUUUGAAGGCUGGUAUAGGGGCUAUGCUCUACGCAGGAAAUCACAGAAGGGCAUUUUCCCUGCUUCCUACAUCCACUUAAAGGAGGCUACGGUUGAGGGAAUAGGCCAGCAGGAAAUAAUUAUUCCGGCCGAUUUACCCCUGGUACAAGAGCUCGGAGCUACUCUGAGGGAAUGGGCCCAGAUAUGGCAGAAGCUGUAUGUGGAGAACAAGACAAUUUUGUUCAGGACUGUGCAGCAGAUGGCCUACAGCCUCAUCGAAUAUCGAUCUCAGAUAGUGUCAGGAACGCUGCCCAAGGAUGACCUUGUAGAGCUCAAAAAGAAAGUCACAGCAAAGAUUGAUUAUGGAAACCGGAUUCUGGGUCUGGACCUGGUAGUGCGGGAUGAAGCGGGAAACAUGCUGAAUCCUGACAGGACUAGUACGGUCAGCCUGUUCCGGGCCCAUGAGACCGCCUCCCGCAGCGUUGAUGACAGGAUACAAGAGGAGAAGACACGGCUACAGAACCUGGAAAUGAGGCGUCAGACUCUUUUCAGUACAGUGCACACCUACAGCUUGUUCAUGAACUUGAAAAACUUUGUGUGUAACAUUGGAGAAGAUGCCGAGCUGCUAAUGUCUCUGUAUGACCCGGAUCAGUCUGAAUUCAUCAGUGAGAACUUCCUGGUGCGCUGGGACAGUACGGGAAUGCCUAAAGAAAUUGAAAAACUCAACAACCUGCCAGCGCUAUUCACGGACCUGAGCAGCACUGACUUGAUGAGGCAGCGACUCUUCCUGGUGUGCCAGAUCAUCAGAGUGGGCAGCAUGGAGCUGAAAGAGGGCAAGAAACAAACAGGCGGACUUAGGAGACCGUUUGGUGUGGCCGUUAUGGACAUAACAGACAUUGCCCACGGCAAAAUAGAUGACGAGGACAAACAGCAUUUCAUCCCCUUUCAGCAGAUAGCUAUGGAAACCUACAUCCGUCAGAGGCAGCUCAUCAUGUCUCCGCGCAUCCCUUCUCGAGUCAUAGGAGAGAAUGAGCCCCUCACAGCUGUCUUCAACAAAGUCAUUGCCACGCGGGAGGUCAAUCACAAAGGCCAGGGGCUGUUUGUGACCAUGAAGCUUCUCCCAGGGGACCUUGCCCAAGUCAGAAAGGACUACCCCCACUUUGUGGACCGCAGCACCGCUAUCGUCAGGAAAAUGGGCUUUCCAGAAAUCAUCCUCCCUGGAAACGUGAGGAAUGAUAUUUAUGUAACCUUGCUACAAGGAGAAUUUGACCGUGGUAAAAAGAAGACCCCCAAAAAUGUAGAGGUCAUACUGAGUGUGCACGAUGAUGAAGGCAAUCCCAUGGAGAAAGCCAUAUUCCCUGGAGCCGGUUAUGAUGGCAUAACGGAGUACAAGUCUGUCAUUUACUACCAGGUGAAGCAGCCUUGUUGGAAUGAAACAGCGAAGGUGACGAUUCCCAUUGAAGACGUGUGCCGCUGCCACUUGAGGGUGAUGUUUAGACACAGAUCCUCCCAGGACUCUAGGGACAAGUCAGAGAAGCCCUUUGGCAUGGCCUUCGUCCGGCUUAUGAGAGGAGACGGAACCACGCUGAGAGAUGGCAGACACGAUCUUAUCGUCUAUAAGGUUGACGUGAAAAAAGCAGAGGAUGCUAAGGUUUAUCUCACCUUGCCAGCAACCUGGGCGGAAGUGGAGGAGAAGGAGAAGCAAACGGGAAAGCCGUUCCACCAUUCAGGAGUCAUUCCUGUGACUAAGGACAGCUUCCAGCUUGCCACACUCACCUGCUCCACUAAACUCACUCAGAAUGUGGAUCUACUCGGCCUUUUGAACUGGAGGUCUAACACUGAGGAUCUUGACCAGAUUUUGCAAAGACUCAUGGAGGUGGAAGGAAGCGAGAUAGUUAAAUUCCUCCAGGACACUCUCGAUGCCCUGUUCAACAUCAUGAUGGAAACUUCAGAAAAGGACACCUUUGACACUCCGGUGUUUAAUGCCUUGGUAUUUAUAAUUACUCUUAUUGGCGACAUCAAAUUCCAGCACUUUAACCCCGUCUUGGAAACCUACAUCAACAAGCACUUCAGUGCCACCUUGGCUUACGUGAAGCUAACCGGGGUGCUUAACUACUAUGUGGGCCAUGCUGAAGAGCCUGGCCUGACUGAGAGACUCUAUGCCGCACUCAAAGCUCUCAAGUACCUGUUCAGGUUUAUUGUACAGUCCCGAGUCCUCUAUCUCAGGUUCUAUGGGAACAGCGAGGACGGAGACGCUUUCUUCAACUCCAUCCGCACCCUCUUCCUCUCUUUCAACUCUCUCAUGGACAGACCACUGGAUGAGGGAGUAAAGAUAAAGGGGGCUAUAUUGAAAUACCUCCCCAGCAUCAUUAAUGACAUCCAGACUGUGUUUGAUCCUGUGGAGCUCAGCGUUCUCCUCGCGAAGUUCAUCGAGAGCAUUCCCGACUCUCAGCUCGUGCGUCAGAAGCUUGGUUGCAUGUGUAAAAUGGUGGAGAGUGACCUUUUCAGGCAGCCAGAGUGUCGAGAUGUGCUUCUGCCGCUUGUUACCGAUCAGCUGAGUGGGCAGCUGGACGACCACUCGACUAAACCAGACUACGAGGCCUGCGUCCAGCUGCUCAGCACAGUGCUGGACAACCUGGACCGCAAAGACGUGGGUCCAACCAGGGGGCACGUUCAGCUGAUAAUGGAGAGGCUUCUUCGCAGGGUUAAUCGCACUGUCAUCAGCAUGGACCGAUCAUCUCCUCUCAUUGGUCACUAUCUCGCCUGCAUGACGGCGAUCCUCAAACAAAUGGACGACAUGCAUUACUCCCACUACAUCAGCACCUUCAAGACGAGACAGGAUAUCAUUGACUUCCUCAUGGAGACAUUCAUCAUGUUUAAAGACCUCAUGGGAAAUGUCUUCCCCGCUGACUGGAUGGUCAUGAACCUGGUGCAGAUGGGAGUCUUCCUCAGGGCCAUUAACCUGUACUCAGACGUCCUUAACAAGUUUUUCCUGGACAAGGCGCAUUUUGAACUCCAGCUGUGGAAUAACUACUUUCAUUUGACCGUGGCGUUUCUCACUCACAAGACGCUGCAGCUGGAGUCCUUCUCUCAAGAAAAACGAAACAAGAUACUGAACAAAUACGGAGACAUGAGGAAGACUAUUGGAUUUAAGAUCAGAGAUAUGUGGUAUAAUCUCGGCCCCCACAAAAUGAAGUUCAUCCCAGCUAUGGUCGGACCCAUUCUGGAGGUCACAUUAGUGCCUGAGCCCGAACUGAGGAAAGCCACCAUCCCAAUCUUCUUUGAUAUGAUGCAGUGCGAGCACAACUUCAGCCCUGGACACACGUUUGAAACGUUUGAAAAUGAAUUGAUAACAAAAUUGGAUCAAGAGGUAGAGGGAGGCCGAGGGGAUGAGCAGUACAAAGUCCUGCUGGAGAAAACAUUAUUGGAGCACUGCAGACGCCACAGAUACCUGUCCCAGUCAGGAGAAGAGCUGGCUCUGCUGCUGAGCAGCCUGCUGGAGAAUCUACUGGCGUACCGCACCAUCACACACGAUGAGAGCCCCGAGCACCGCAUGAGCUGCACCGUCAAUGUGCUGAAUUUCUACAAAGAGAAGAAGAGGGAGGACAUUUACAUUAGGUACUUGUACAAGCUGCGAGAUUUGCACCUGGACUGUGAGAACUACACAGAGGCAGCCUAUACUCUGCUGCUGCAUGCCGAAUUACUGGAGUGGUCCGACAAACCUUGCGCAGCUCAUCUGAUACCUCGGGGAGACGGGGAGCAUGUGUGGACCCAGCAGGAGCUGAAAGAGAGGCUCUUCCAGGAUAUUAUAUGUUACUUGGACAAGGGCAAGAUGUGGGAAAAGGCCAUUGAGCUGGGCAAACAGCUGGCCAAGAUGCACGAGAGCCACAUGUUUGACUUCAUGGAGCUGAGCCAGCUACUGAAAAAGCAAGCUGAGUUCUAUGAGAAAAUAAUGCAUGCGAUGCGGCCGCAGCCCGAGUAUUUUGCUGUUGGAUAUUAUGGCCUUGGAUUCCCGUCCUUUCUCAGGAAUAAAAUGUUCAUCUACAGAGGCAAAGAGUAUGAGUGGCUCGAGGACUUCAGCUUAAAGCUGCUCUCUCGGUUUCCAAAUGCCGUGCGGAUGACCAGCACAGCACCCCCCGAAGAAAACAUUAGCAACUCCCCAGGACAGUACAUCCAGUGCUUUACUGUCAAGCCUGUUCUCACUUUGCCGAAGCAGUUUAAAGACAAGGGGGUUCCAGAGCAGAUAUUAAACUAUUACAGAACCAAUGAAGUGGACCAAUUCCAGUAUUCCAGGCCCUUCAGGAAAGGUGAAAAGGACCCAGACAAUGAAUUUGCGACCAUGUGGAUCGAGAGAACAACAUACAUUACAGCCUAUCACUUCCCAGGGAUUCUCAAAUGGUUUGAAGUCAAAUCUGUCUCAAUGGAGGAAAUCAGUCCUUUGAAAAACGCCGUAGAAACCAUGGAGAAAACCAACGAAAAGCUGAGUAACCUUGUGCAACAGCAAGCAUGUGAUCGCUCACUGUCCGUCAACCCACUGUCCAUGAUGCUCAAUGGCAUAGUUGACCCCGCAGUCAUGGGUGGCUUCUCCAACUAUGAAAAGGCUUUCUUCACAAACGCCUACAUCCAAGCGCACCCAGAGGACCGUCAACGCAUUGAGGAACUUAAACGCCUCAUCGCCCUGCAGAUCCCCCUCCUGGCAGACGGAAUUCGCGUCCACGAGGAGAGGACAACGGAGCAGCUGAAACCCUUGCACAACCGCCUGGUCACUUGCUUCCAAGACCUUCGGGAGAAAGUGGAGAAGCAAUAUGGCGUCAUAACUUUGCCCUGCUCUCUCACUGAGCAGAAGAAGAGUCGCGUGGGCUCGGUGGUGAUGCCCUACAUCCUGCCCUCCACCCUGCGUCGCAUGUCCACUAUCUCAACCAUCUCCAACGCCUCCUCGGGCCUCUCCAGCGGCUCUGCUUCCUCAGACGGGCCCUCCUGCCUUUCCUCCCAAGAUUCCUUGUUGUCCCGUCCCAGAGAUCGCAGGGCGUCUGUUCUGUCCCGCUCAGAUGAAGACAACAGGAUUGCUAGAAAGAACAGAAAGGAGUGGAGUGUGAGCAAAUCCCAGAACCUCCUUGAGAGGCAGUCAGAUGGAGAUGAGACUCCUCCAGAGAAGCAGCAGAGGCCCAAGAGUUUACAGCUGGGAGAUCGCCGGCUUACCCUCUCCCUGUUUCAGGGGGUUUCAUCUCAGCUCAGCUUGUCUAACCCGCUCAGCCCUCUACCUGCCUCUCCACACACACCGCAAACACCACGCAGCUCCAGUUAUUCAUCACUUCUCACUGACAAUGAUGUCAGAACCAUUGACACUCCAGGGACUCCUCCACCUAUGCCACCAAAGAAACACCCGCAUGAGAUUGACAACUCCGGGUUUUCUACAGAGUUUUCGCCUCCACUCCCGAUGAAAAUUGAGAGCAAGCCUCCUCCACCGCCUCCAAAGGCACGGAAGUCAAUGUUCCCAUCCUAUGAGCACCCCCCCCAGUAAGAUUAUUACCCCCCUAAUUCUAUGAUUUGGCUGUGAUUUAUAAACAUAGCUUCAUUUGUGGCAGAGUGGAAACCCCACAGCAAGGUACAGAUUGCAGGACCAUCAGGACCUUCCCAUUUUCAAUGGGAAGCAUAUUUCUGAUGCAAGUUGAUUAUAGUUCCAAGCAGUCCUUUUAAUUUUGUUGUUAAGCUGCGAGCAAGUUUAGGUUUGGGAUUUCUGUCAAUAGACUGUCAAUAAGGGUACUAAUGUGCAAAAAAUGGAUAUAUGAUUUUCAGGUACAGAUUUUAAUUAACUUUUUAUGAAAAGAUACUUUUUUUUUUCUUAACACAAAGCGAAUGUGGUGAACAAGGAAUGAUCAAUGUUGUAAUGUUAUAUUUUAUUUGUAGACUAAUCAGCCACAACAUUUAAACCACACGCAGGAGAAACGAACACUGAUCAUCUCAUUAUAAUCCAGCAUCGUCCUGGGAAGUUUGGUCUUUCAUGUGGAUGUUAAUUUAACCACAAACACCUGCUAAAGCUGCUGCAGACCAAGCACAGCUACCCAUGGGAAAAGCAGCUGGUAGCAAUGGGCUCUUUUCCUACACCACAAAAAACUGCUCAAGACCUACUUGAAAGCAUCCAAAACAGCCCAAAGCAUUGACCUGGCCUCCAAACUUCCCAGAUUUCAGUCCUAUGAUGCUUCCACAAAAUGCACCAAACCCUCAGGGGACAAAGGAUCUGCUCCCGAUGUCCCAGUCCCAGACAGCACAAGACAUUCUGUGUGGUCCCCUAUCAGUGGCCUGUGUCCGAGUGUCAUGAGGGGAACCUACUCAGAGCUGGUGGUUUUAAUGUUGUGGCUGAACAGUGUGUGUGCUUAUAGAGUGACACUGGAUGACUCAUUUCCCCUCUAGCUGUUUACCAGCAUUCCAUUUUUGAACAGUAAAAAGCUGCAUUAGAUUCAUAUCGAACUUGAUUGAGAGCAGGGAAAACAAUGUACAGAAUGUAGUUAUUGUUUGUUGACGGUGUCUAAACCACAAUGUUUCAGAGACACUGGAUGGCAUUAUUGAAUGUGCUGCAGAUUAUGCGUUUGUUUUGAUGUUGAUGAUGAACUGAAUACUGUAACCCGUGCAUCCAAACUAAACUACAUCAUGUUGAUGGUGAGGUUCAGUGAAAGGACGUUUUGGAAAAUCUGCAUAUUUGCAUUGGUUAGGAGACAAGAUCAUAGAUGCCACUCUUGUACCUUUUUAGUGGGCAUGUAGCAUGGAGCACAGACUGUGUAUAAAAGACGAAUGACAUCACUGAUUGGUUUGUGAUUUCUGUAUUUUUGAAGCCUCCAAUUUAGCUAAAAUCAUGACGGCUUGCAUUUCUGGAACAGGAAGUGACCAUAUUUAGGCCACUGAGUGUAAUGCUAAGUUUUCAGCUAAGCUGCAUCCAUGGGUAAGAUGAAACUAUUCCAGGAAAUUCCAGUAAAAAAAAACAGCAACAGCAGGUCCAUGUUUGCAUUGGUGCCCAGCAGAUAUAGACUAAUGGCAACAUUUGGUGAUCUUAUAUUCUAAUAGAUCAGCUGACAUAAACAGAUUUGUUUGUUUCAGUUUUGGCCAACUCUUCUUGGAUCAGAUGGUUUCAUUUUUGUAACAGUUCAAAUGACCUUAACUUUGAACCAUGACUGAAGCUAAUUAUACAUACAAUCCCAAAACAAGUAUUGCACCUGGCUAUAAACAUUCACUUCAUCUCUGGGUAUUUUUACACAAGAGUCUAUGGGGACUGACUCACUUUUGGAGCCAGCUUCAGGUGAUCUGUGUUUUUUGCACUUCCAGGUUGUUGCUUGAAUUUAAGCCAAAAGGUUAGCUUAGCUUAGCAUUAGACAUAGAAGACACAAAAAUACACCUGCCAUCUGCAAAGCUCACUUAAUAAAUCAAAUCACGAAACUAUAAGAAACCUUUAGUUUAAAGAUGACAUUGUGUGGCAAUCAGAAAUAAGAUCAGAAAGUUACUGCUCUUGGCCAAGAGAUACUCAUUCUGCCACAUGUAAAACACAACGUUUCCCUCUUUUGUGAACAAAUUAGGAUAUUUUAUUAAUCCCAGAGGAAAUCAUGAGAUCUGAAUUGUUUCCAGUCGGCAGCUGUUUUCAGUCCUAAUGCUAAGCUAACUGUAGGUUAUGGAGUCAUCAUUUAGACAAUGAUGUAAGUGGUAUAGUCUCUUUCUCUUGUCGAGAGAGUAAAUUUUCCAAACUUUCUAACUGGUCCUUUAAAGAACCCUAAACGCUAUGUGCUACAAGCAUAAAUACCUCUGGAGUUCACUUUAGUUUGAUAUUUCAGGUGUGGGUAGAUUUUCUUUUUUAUCAAUUAAUUUUCAAGUAAAUUAUUGCUAUUCGUUGAAUUGAGUAUUUCCUUAGUUUUGCACACCCAGUGUGUACAGAGAUUGUUUAUUUUGAGUGCAGUGUAAUUUUUAGUAUGAUUUCAAUAUACACUUUUUCCUGUGCGCUGUCAAAAUGUUCUAAAAGAAACAGUAUGUGCAAAAUCUCUGCAUGUAAAAGUGCUUUAAGAAUGAUAGAGUUGAAUCUUUUGUUAAUUUGCCAGUGUUUUAUUAAAUUUACAUUGUUUUUACAAGGGAUUAACUUCUUUUGUACAGUGGAAAUUCCUUAACGUGCAUCAAAGACGUUUUAUACAAACAAUGCCUCAAGAGAUAUAUGAUGAUCUUUUUUAUGAACAAGCUGUUGUUGACUUAACAGAAAUAAAGCAGUUUCUGAA